UUUUCUUUUGUUUUAUAAAAAAAUGUUAAUAAAAUUAAAAAAUUCUUGAUUCGAAAAUCUGAAAGACCGAAGAAUACUAGAUAAGUUUCUAUGUAUGUUGCGAAGUUUGCUACCAGUUUCUGAUUGGUUGAUUAACUUUGUAAUUUGAGUGAGAGCAGGCUUAAACUAGCAAGUCUACCCAUCCAUUGAUCUAUGUAAGAUACAUGUAAAAUACAUGUAAUAUACAUAGUUUGUAAAAAAAAUGUAUUAAACUAACGCAACGUAAAAAAGGCCACAAUUUAUGUGAGGAAUCUGUGUUACCGAUGUGUAAUGAUCUGAUUGGUCAAAUUUUCCUCUGCUGAUCAACAGCUGCGCACUUAUAGCCAAUGAAAACUCUAGAAUAAUUUAUGUUUCGCAGGAUUUUGAAUAUUUUCUCGGAAUAUUUUCUCCCCUCGAUUAUAUUUUUUUUUCUAGAUGUCAAGUUUUUUUCCAGGCAUUCUGCUUCUAGCACUCUACGAAUAAACAACAGUUGACAAUAAAAGCAUAAUUUUAACGGAGAAAAAAUGGAUAGACGAACGACACAUACGAUUCUACGAGAAAAAUAUAAUAAAAUCCUACGAUCAAUUGAAAUAAAUAACGAUCAAUCAGAAAUUCAGUCAACAAUUAUUGAUAUUAGACGGGAAAUUUCCAACUUCAAUUCUCAGCUUCGGGAUUUGCCAAGUGCACAUCGAAAAUUGACACAAACAACGGUUAUCAUAUUAACAAGAAUUUUAAUAAAAAUUGAAAACCAUCAAAGACGUGGUGCAGGUGCAAGAUCAAACGCAGUUGGUAGUCAAUCAAUUCAGUCACAGAGGCCAAGAAUUCAGUGGGUUGAACAAGAAAAUGUGUUUAAUAACCGUAUGUCAACUGCUGCAAUCAUUAAUAUAAAUCACAAAGAUGUCACUACUUUUCUAGAUGAUGCAAAAGGUCUUCUUAUUCAGAAGGUAAAUUCACAUUUACAUGAAAAAAAUUCACUUAAAAUUAAUACAGUAUUAGCUGCUAAUUUUGAGAUGAUAAAAGAUGAUGUUAUUCAAACUGUUACUAAAUAUUUUAGUGAUGGUAGUAUAACGAUUUUGCAGUCAACAGAUCUUGACAGUCAAUUUUCUGAAAACUUUGAAAUAUUGAAAACUGAUUUAGAAAAUAUGGAAGAUAAAGGCUCUGGUUGGACAUUGAAAGAGAUUAUUCAUUUGGAAGUACAAAUUAAUGAAUAUAUUCCACUGCAGGGAGGAAAUUCAUCAUACAUUGAUCUUCCACAGUGGAUUAUAAAUACACGCUCUGUUGUUAAUAUUCAAAAUUUAGACAAUAUGUGCUUCGUUUGGUCUGUAUUAGCUGGAUUGUACAAUGUUAAAGAACAUGCCAACAGGGUUAGCACAUAUUAGCCAUAUUCAAAAAAUUUAAAUUUGGCUGGACUAAAUUUCCCCUUAUCAUGGAAACAAAUUCCUCAAUUUGAAAAAAUGAAUAACCUGAAAGUUAAUAUAUACGGAAUUGAAUCCGAUCUUAAUAUUGAUGAUGAUGAAAAUAAUGAAUCCGAUCAUAACCAAAAAAAAAAAGGAUUCAAGCGAAGAUCAAAAAGGAUAGUUCCUUUUUAUAUUAGUAAAAAUAAAUCAGAUAAAAAUACAAUUCAUUUGUUAAUGAUUGAACGAGUUGAUUCUACUGAUGAAUCUGAUGAUGAUGAUGAUGAUAAUGAAUUAUUUGAAGAUAAUAUCAAUCUAAAAUCACAGAUUGAUUUAUCUUUAUAUCAUUUCGCAUGGAUCAGAAAUCUUUCAAGGUUAGUUUCCACGCAAAUUUCUGGUACGAAAGGAAAAAAAAUAAUUUGUGAUCGUUGUUUGUGUUAUUUUCAUACAGAAAAAGCACAAAUAAAUCAUUCAGUGCAAUGUAACAAGAAAAGCAGCGAAGCAAUGUCAUUACCAUCUCAAAAAAAUAAAAUCUUAAAGUUUAAAAAUUAUAAACAUCAAUUGAAUGUACCAUUUAUAGUAUAUGCUGACAGUGAAAGUAUUCUAGAAAAAAUUGAUGAUACAAAUGGAUUCUAGAAAAAAACACAUAGUUAUCAAAAGCAUAUUCCCAGCAGUAUUGCAUAUUAUUUAAAAUGUAGCUACGAUAAUUCACUUACAAAGUUUGAGCUUAAACGUAGUUCAGAUUGUAUUGAUUGGUUUUUGGAAGAGCUAAAAAAUAUAGCCUUUACUGUUGAUAAAAUAAUAGAAGACAUCAAACCAUUGUCUUUGACAUAUGAUGAAGAACAGAAAUUUUUGAAUGAAACUAAAUGUCAUAUUUGCGAGAAAACUUACGUGAUUGAUGACGUUAGAUGUCGUGACCACUGUCAUAUCAGCGGAACAUACAGAGGUUCUGCGCAUGCGUCAUGCAAUAUCAAUUAUCAGGACUCAUGUACAAUUCCUGCAGUCCAAUUCACAGGGCAUUACAAUUUAGGGCUUUUUUCCUCUACUGGUGGCGCUUGUAGAGCUUUUGUAUGUGAAAUCUAUAUAAAAAAAAUUUGACAAGCGCCAUCGCCGGCAAAAAAAAGCCUUAAAUUGUAAAAAAUUUGCCCUGUGAAUUGGACUGCUGUGGUAUUUCAUUCUUUGCGCACCUAUGACGGUCAUCAUAUUAUUAAACGUCUCCAGAAUAAAUUUCCAGGCAGAAUUGAUUCAUUAGCUUCAAAUAAAGAAAGUUACAUUUCUUUUACUAAGUGGGUUGACGGAACAAGAAUUAAGUUAAGAUUCAUCGACUCAUAUCGUUUUUUGGCCAGUUCCAUUGAUUCAUUGUCAAAAAAUUUAGAUAAUGCUAAAAAAGAAAUAACAAAAAGUUUUUGUAAAAGUGAAGAAGAAUUCAAAUUGAUAACAAAAAUAGGAGUGUUACCCUAUGACUAUGUUGAUAGUUGGGAAAAAUUUGAUGAAACAACACUGCCAUCUAAGAAUCACUUUUAUUCACAACUUAAUGAAGAAGAUAUUUCAGAUGAAGCAUAUGAGCAUGCGCAUAAUGUUUGGCAAACGUUUCAUAUAAAAUCAUUGGGAGAGUAUUCAGAUUUAUAUUUGCAGACAGAUGUCGCUCUGUUAGCAGACAUAUUCGAGAGUUUCAGAACCGAUUGUUUACAAACAUAUAAACUGGAUCCUGCGCACUACUAUACACUCCCAGGGUUGAGUUUCAGCGCCAUGUUACGAUAUACACAGAUUGAAUUAGAAUUACUAACUGAUCCAGAAAUGAUGUUUUUUAUUGAGCAAGGCAUACGUGGUGGGUUAUCUCAGUGCUCAAAUCGUUAUGGAAAAGCAAAUAACCGAUUUAUGGGCAACGAGUAUGAUCCUGAAGAAGAAGAGUCAUUUUUAAUGUACUUUGAUUUAAACAAUAUGUAUGGAGCUGCAAUGAUGGAAAGUCUUCCUACACAUAACUUUAAAUGGGAAAGUAAUUUUGACCCAGCGAUUCUCGAUUCAAUUUCUGACGACUCAAAGAUUGGUUAUAUUCUUGAAGUAGAUUUAGAAUAUCCUUCAUAUUCACAUCAUCAUCAUAAAGAUUUUCCGUUAGCACCGGUUCGUGAGAAACCACCGCUAAAAACUAGUAAAACAGAAAAAUUAUUAGCGACUUUGAACUCAAAAGAAAAAUAUGUUAUACACUAUCGUAAUUUAAAACUAUAUAUUCCAUUGGGAAUGAAAUUAAUAAAAAUUCAUAGAGUUUUGAAAUUUGAGCAAAAACAAUGGCUCAAACCAUACAUUGAAUUAAAUACAGAGUUAAGAAAACAAGCUCGUACUGCAUUUAAAAAAGAUCUUCGUAAAUUAUUUAUCAAUGCAAUAUAUGGAAAAACACUAGAAACAGUACGAAAUAGAAAACAAAUAAAAAUAGUAUCGAAAUAUGGCGGCAGAGGGGGAGCUAGAUCAUUAAUUUCCAAACCAAAUUUCCAUAGUGCAUUAAUUGUUGAAGAUUUCGUUAUAAUUGAGAUGAAACCACAAUGGAUAAUGUUUGACAAGCCAAUAUAUAUUGGUUUUUCAAUAUUGGAAAUUUCUAAAACUUUUAUGUAUGAUUUUCAUUAUAAUUUUAUGAAAAAAGAAUAUGGUGAUAAGGUCAAAUAUUUAUAUGGUGACACUGAUUCAGCAAUAUAUCAUAUUUUUGGUAAUAAUCCUUAUGAAUUAAUUCGUAAGAACACAGCAAAAUUUGAUACUUCAGAUUAUCCUGAAAAUAAUAUAUAUGGGAUUCCGCUCAAAAAUAAAAAAGUUAUUGGCAUUAUGAAAGAUGAAAACAAUGGAAAAAUAAUGAAAGAAUUUAUUGGUCUACGAAGUAAAUUAUAUACAUAUAUAGUAGAUAAAGAAAAUAACUCUUCAACAGAUGGCGUUCAUAAACGAGCUAAAGGUGUCAAAAGAUCAACCCUUCGACAAAUUACGUUUGAAGAUUAUAAAAAUUGUCUUGAAGAUCAUGUUAUUCUUUCAAAAAAACAAAAUAGGAUUAGAUCAAAAAAACAUGACAUUUAUACCAUAAAUACUGAAAAAAUUGCAUUAAGUUGGGCAGAUGACAAACGUUGCUUAAAAGCAGGAGAAACAGACACAUUACCGUGGGAUUAUAAGUAUAAUCAACAAAUGU